GGGGCCUGAAAACUGAAGGCUCUGCCUCCCAUUCUACUUUUAAAUAGACUCUCUUUUUAAAGAGAGUCUAUUUAAUAAACUCUCUUUUUAUCUUCUUUUUUUGCACCUACAGUAAGUUAAACUACCAGUAGUUGUUUGAUAAAAGUGUCCACCCUAAAACCAUGGUUACAAUAAGACAUCUAGCUAGUUACAUUGUGUUUGAAGGUAAUACUGUAAUGUGUGUCCAGUUGACUGAGGUUUAACUGCAAGGGUCUGUGUACAUGACAUUGUAAUUGGGGUCUGACCAAGGAGGCCAAGGAGAUUUGUCCAGCUGUAAAGCACAUAAUUUACUUUAUUGUGGAAGUCAGAGCUAUGUAGUUUUCAGCUGUUUUGUUCCACACAUGAACCACAAUUCAUCUCUGUUGGUGACAAACUGAUGUGCAGUCUCCAAUGACCUAUGAUAUUGAAAAGGAAAAUUAAAAAUUCAGAUUCAGGAUAAACCGACUUCUAAAAGCAUAACUUUGUGCUGAAUAUGUGGAUACAAUCUAUGUGCAGUUUCCUGUGUUUAGUUCAACAAUUUCAAUGUCCGCAUAUUUUUACUAUAGACUUAAUGGCACAGAAGAGUGUAAAUACAGAUACUGUAGCCUUUUGACAGUUGACACUGCCUCUACUUUUUUCACAGUGUCAUUUACAUAUUGUCAUGCCAACUUCGAAAUAAACUGUAAAUGCAAACAUUAUAGCUGAGUAAGCUUACUCAUUUGCUUUUUUUGCAGUUGUGGCUUCAACCGUGUCCUGUAUUCUUUUCAGAUGAAAUUAUUUGUACAGCAACUCAGCAACAGGCAAAGGAUGAAGUGGUGGAUCUUAUUUUGUCUGGUGUCUUUUGUGUAUCAUGACAUGUUCUCUCAGAACUUUGUGUCAGCGAGCCCUGAUGCUGAGAAAUGUAUGAAUUAUACAUUCAACCUCUCAGGAACUGGAGGCUAUGAACAGACUAUCAAAGCCUUGGAGAACAUAGAAAAGACUCUUGAGAACAUAGACGUAAAUUCGACUAUAUCAAUAUCAUUUGGAAAUAUUGUGGCUCUCCUGUUUAUACCGACUGCUCCCUUCAAAAGCCUUACACUUUAUGCCAGUGACAGACAGGCAGGCUUGAAGGAUGUCCCCAAUACGACAGUCAGUGUUGAACUCCCGGAAAAACUGAAUAUUGGACCAACGAACAAGAUUGUGUUCGCCAACGUUAAGCUCCCUGAAACAAACAAGAGUGAUGCCGGAGCCUUAUUUGAAGUUUAUGAUAGAAGAAUGGUAAUCCUGAGUGUGAAGGGCCAGGAAAUAUCGGGACUUCAGCAACCUGUCAACAUCACCAUGAAAUUUAACAAGGACAUAAAUCAAACCCAGAGACCCUCCUGUCAUUUCUUAAAUUUUUCAACAAACAAUUUUAGUACAGAUGGCUGCUACACCAUUUGGACACAUGAUCAGGAUAAUAUCACAUGUUCCUGUAACCAUUUCACAUACUUCGGUGUGCUCAUGGCUUCUACUUCUGGGGGCGGUGCUGUUCUUUCAAAAAAAGACAUGGAAAUACUAUCAUACAUUACAAUGAUUGGCUGUAGCUUUUCUCUUGUUGCCCUGGUCAUCACCGUUUUACUUUUCAUCACAAACAGGACACUCAGAGAAGAUCUUUCUAUGAACAUCCACAUCAGUCUCGUCAUUGCCCUGAUACUCCUCAACCUGCACUUCCUGCCCAGUCAGGCAGUGGCAGAACACCCCUCCACUUGGCUCUGUUUCUACAUGGCUCUUGCCCUUCACUACUCCCUGUUGGCCACUUUCACCUGGAUGGCCUUGGAGGGGUUCCACCUCUACCUUCUCUUAGUCAAAAUCUUCAACAUUUCUGUCAGCAGAUACAUUCUCAAACUCAGUCUGGUGGGAUGGGGUGUUCCUGCAGUCAUUGUGUCAGUGGUGAUGAUCAUAGACAGACGCUUUUAUGGCCAUGUCCCUCUAGACAGGUCAAACCGUGAUGACACUAAAAUAUGCUAUAUAUCUAAUGAAAUAGUGAAGGCGGUCACUACUACUGGACUGUUCACCAUGGUGUUCCUCUUUAACAUGACCAUGUUUAUGGUGACAGUCAAGCGUGUUUUGAAUGUUGGGUAUAACAAAGAGUUUGGGCAGCUUCACCAAAAACAAGUCAGGAAAGCAAUUUGCGCCCUGCUGGGUGUCAGCACUCUGCUCGGGAUUACCUGGGGCCUGGUUUUCUUCUCGUUUGGUUACCUGACCACUGUUGCCCUCUACCUCUUCUGUGUUCUGAACUCACUGCAAGGGUUCUUCAUCUUCCUGUGGUUUGUGAAGUCACUGAGAAAGGGUAAAAGCUCAGCCUCUAAGAUAAGCAGUGAAGUAACUUCCCCCAACAGCAAGCUUAACAAAAACUAACAGCUUAAGAACUGUGUUAGUGGAAUUUUUGUCUGAUAUUAUCAUUUCUGCUUUAGGUUGUUCACAGCGACUGAUUUUAAAUAUUUAAAUGAAUGUAAUAUUUGUGAAAUUUUUAAAGGGACUGUUUAAAUGUUAUGUUUGAUGCUUUGUUAUUAUAACAGACUAUACAUGCAGUGUAAAAUAGGGCACUUCUGGGAGUGAAAGUUGGGAGAAUAAUUCCUGUAGAAAAUGCUGAUGCAUCCUCAUUCAUUUUCUGCUUGAUCCAACUGCCACUGGUUUCAGUAACCUGAGUAAUUUUGAUAUUGUCAUGCAGAUUACACCACCACUGUUGUGUUUUGCUGUAUACUUAUAUCCUAUUUCAUAUGAUAUUUGAAAUAUCUUCUUAUCUUCUUACCUAUAUCUUCUUGUCACAUGUAUAAGAUAAAAUAUAUGAAUCCUUUCAAUAAAAUCUUGUAUAUUUGAACAUGUAUUUGCAUACAUUGUGAGUUUAGCAGAGUGUGAAUGUCAACAUAAACAAUAAAAUCUAGAAAUUUUAGUCUUUUGCUGUUUUUUCAUCAUAAUAUAUUUGUAUGUGAUUGUUCUCCUGCUGACAGACAUGAUUUACAUUUCACUA